AUGGAUACUUUUGAUGCUUAUGGUCCUAAUUCUCAAGCCUUGACUUUCUUUGACCCUGAAGAGAAUGAUUUAAUUGGAGGAGAUACUCAGGGGCCUGAUUAUGACUGUUCUGAUUUCACUCUGCCUUCACAGUCUCAAACACAGGCCUCUCAACUUGACCCUGAUAAAACUUGCUUCUCUCAGCAGCAUGAUGGGUCCAAUAGCAUCAAUAUACUGUCUCAACGUGUUGCUGAUCUAGACUUCAAAGAUGAGAACGUAGAUGAUUCUAACGUCGAUUUACCAGAGCAUGCGUGCGCUUAUUGUGGUAUUCAUGACCCUGCUUGUGUAGUGCUUUGUAACACUACAAAAAAGUGGUUUUGCAAUGGCCGUGGAAACACAUCAGGAAGUCAUAUUAUCAAUCAUCUUGUCAGGGCUCGCGCGAAAGAAGUUACUUUACAUAAAGAUGGACCUUUAAAAGAUACUCUUUUGGAAUGCUAUGUAUGUGGGUCGAAAAACGUAUUCCUGCUGGGUUUUGUGCCGGCAAAGUCUGAGUCCGUCGUUGUACUUCUUUGUCGUAAUGUCUGUGCCAAUGCCAACAAAGACAUGUACUGGGAUCCUGCUCAAUGGCAACCCAUAAUUCAAGGGCGUCAGUUUCUUGCUUGGCUUGUAAAAGUUCCAAGUGAUGAACAACAAGCAAAAGCUCGACAGAUAUCGGCUCAACAAAUAAACCGGCUUGAAGAAAUGUGGAAAGAAAAUCCCCAGGCAGCAGUGGAAGACCUAGAAAAACCGGGUGCAGAUAACGAAGUUAGUCCGGUUUUGUUAAGAUAUGAGCAUUCGCAGCAAUAUCGAGAUGUAUUCACACCUUUAGUGGAACUGGAGGCUGAUUAUGAUAAAAAGAUCAAAGAAUCAUUAAAAUUGGAGAAUGUUUCUAUUCGUUGGGAGACUGCCCUGAACAAACGUCGGGUCGCUUACUUCCGGAUCCCUGGAGCCAACGAAGGUCCAGAACUACGGAUUAUGCAUGGUGAUGAGUUGAUCAUUCGUCAGUUUAACAGCCCAAACGAUUAUUUGGUUGGCGAUGGUCAUGUUAUCAAAGUACCUGAUAAUUUCAGUGAUGAAGUUGGUUUGGAAAUGAAACAAGUCAUUGAUACACCUAUAGAGCCUGUAACGUAUAAAAUCGAAUUUAAAUGGAAAUCAACUCCUUUCGAUAGGAUGCGACGAGCAAUUUCAAUUGUUACCGAUGAACAACAUGGUUUGUUACCACCAUGCAUAUUCUAUCGACUUCUUGGCCAAGAAUUAGAUGAUAUGGUGUUAAAGUGCAAUUUACCUAAACGCUAUUCUGCACCAGACUUACCAGAGUUGAAUCACAGCCAAGUGUUUGCCGUCAAAACAGUUCUUCAACGUCCACUUAGUCUGAUACAAGGUCCACCUGGGACAGGGAAAACUGUAACGUCUGCAUCAAUAGUUUAUCAUUUGAAUCAAAUACAUCAAAAAAAGGUAUUGGUUGUUGCUCCGAGCAAUACUGCAGUCGAUCAGUUGUGUGAAAAGAUUGACCGUACUGGAUUGAAGGUUGUGCGUCUAUGUGCAAGAUCUAGAGAGGCUCUUGCAUCUCCUGUUAGUCGUCUUAUGCUGCAUAUACAAGCUCAAAAUGUUAAAGGUCAUACUGAACUUCGUAAGCUACAACAGUUGAAAGAUGAGGCUGGUGAACUGAGUCAAGACGACGAUAAACGUUAUCGGGUUUUAAAACGUGAGCUUGAACGAGAAAUCCUUAUGGCGGCUGAUGUAGUUUGCUGCACUUGUGUAACUGCAGGUGAUGCGCGUCUGGAGCGCUUAAGUUUCCACUCAGUUUUAAUUGAUGAGUCCACACAAGCUACUGAACCAGAAUGUUUAAUACCAUUGAUGGUUGGCUGUCGCCAGGUUGUCCUAGUUGGUGAUCAUUGUCAAUUGGGACCUGUGAUUACGUGUAAAAAGGCUGCUAGCGCCGGCCUAACUCAGAGUUUGUUUGAACGGUUCGUUCUACUUGGUAUCCGACCUAUACGUUUACAGGUCCAGUAUCGUAUGCAUCCUGCUCUUUCGGCUUUUCCAAGCAAUGUUUUUUAUGAGGGUAGUUUACAAAAUGGAGUUACAGCAGAAGAUCGCUGCAAAAAGAUUGAUUUUCCAUGGCCAAAUCCGGACAGACCUAUGUUUUUCUACUGUACAUCUGGACAGGAAGAAAUAUCUGGUAACGGCGUGUCAUACCUAAAUCGAACAGAAGCCGCGACAGUUGAAAAAAUCGUCACAAAGAUGCUAAAAAUAGGUGUUCAUCCGAAUACCAUUGGAGUGAUCACACCUUAUGAAGGACAACGUGCAUACUUAGCACAUUAUCUUCAUUAUUCUGGUUCCUUGAAUGCCAAAUUGUAUCAAGAAAUCGAAAUUGCUAGCGUAGAUGCUUUCCAGGGGCGGGAAAAGGAUUAUAUCAUCUUGUCGUGUGUCCGGGCGAAUGAGAAUCAAGGUAUUGGUUUUCUCAAUGAUCCACGUCGUUUGAAUGUUGCUCUCACUCGUGCCCGUUACGGAUUGAUUGUCGUUGGAAAUCCAAAGGCUUUGUGCAAGCAACCACUUUGGAACCAGCUGUUACAUUUUUAUCGUGAUCAGCAUUUGCUCGUGGAGGGACCUUUAAACAAUUUGAGUGAAUACAUGUUACAGUUUCCCAGACCAAAAGUUCCGUACACUUUCAAACCUGGUGGGCAUUAUCUCGCACAACUCUCUGCAAAUCCUGCUCUAUUAAAUAGCAGUCAGUUAAAUGGUCAAUUAAAUACACAUCCUGGAAAUCAGUUUAAUUAUCUUUCUCAUGUUCCGAAUUCAUCUCAACCAUGUUUCGAUAAUCCUAAUGGACCUACAGCCUUAGUAGCCGCUAUGGCAGCAGCAGCUGCUGCGGCUUACUUUGGCGGAUCUAAUUCAAAUACUCGCCCCAAUGUCUCGACCUUAGGAUUACAUGGGUCUUCAGCACUAAACCAACCUGGGGCAAGCCAUGCAGCAGCUUAUGCUGUUGCGGCUGCUGCAGCUGCUCAACACCAAUCAAGUCAAUCAUAUUCUGGUCAAACAAAUGGAAGUUCCCAUAGUAUGCAUCAACUAUUAAAUCAAUCAUUAUUUGACCAAGUCGGUUACAUAGGACCAAAUCGACAGUAUGCAGAAGCCAAUGCCAGUUCAAAUCUCCCCAUGCCGCUAAGUAUGUUGAUGCCUGCUAGUCGAUUAUCGAAUUCUCCCAAUGUAGCAAAUUCUUUCGGCUCUUCUGGUCAUUUUGGCAAUGGGAAAUAUGGUACUAACCUCGGAGCAGCUGCCCCACUUGGAAGAUCAAUACAAGCUCUUGGUCCGCUUAACAUGAAUGCCAACUACUCUCAGUUUAAUACAGGAAGUACAAGGGCACCAGGGGGUCCCCUUCCUGGAAAUAACAUCGUUGGUUCUUCAGCUCCUCGAUAUCUCGGAAAUGCUCGUCGAAAUUUACAGGCCAAUUCACAAAAUGCUUCGGUUGGCAACUCUAAGGCGCGUCAAGUUGAUGGGUCUAACGGUUUGACCAAUAUUUCUAUGGAAUGCGGUAAUCCUGAUACUUCUAACUCGGGUGUUGGUCUCCUUUCUCAGCCUGGUUUGUCAGAAUUUUCAGGGACUCAAGGAACAGCCGGUCUUGGUAACAUAGGUGUAUUCAGUAGUCAGUCGCGUAAUUCAGGACUUUCCGGCUUAUCUCAGGAGAGCACUUCCCUGGAUUUCCGCCUUGGUCAAGGUGCCAGUCAGAUGGACAACCUACUUCUUUCCCAAGACUCAACAUUUCAAGGUGCAACUGUACCUGCUUGA